UGGUUUUUUACCUUUUUACCAUAACUAUUUACCUUUUGUACUAUUCCUACCAAAUCCUAUAAAAUAUAAAACUCAACAUUCAAAGUGAAAAAUUUCAGAUAUUCAACAAUUUUUGCGAUGGAUCCAAACAACUUAGACCCGAAUGAAGUAUACAUAGAUGUGGAUGAAGAUAUUGAAACAUUCGAGCUACAUGAUUUCAGUGAAUUUUUCACAAUUUCGACUGCAUUUGAUAGUAAAGAUGCACUAGUCGAGUGGGCGAUGAAUAUGGCCAUCAGUCAUGGACAUGAGAUUAGGCGACAUUCUUACCACGAGGGCCGACAAUAUUUGACUUGCAAAAGAGCCUAUAAGAGUCGAGGAAAAAAUGCAGAGGUCGAAACAAGCCGGAAGUCCGGUUCAAUAAAGUGUAAAUGCCCUUUUGCGCUAUGGGGUAAAGAGGGUCGUGAUGGAUUAUGGCGCCUUACCAUCAAAAAUGGCAAGCACAAUCAUAAUCCUCAUAAAUAUCCACAAGGACUACGUUCGCUAAGUCGCCUGACUGAAGAGCAACGAGAAGUGACAAAGAUACUGAAAAAGAGCCAUGUGAAGCCGAAGGAAAUUUUGCAUCAUCUGAGGCAGAUGAAUCCGGAUACGGCUGCGUCCUUGAGAGAAGUGUACAAUGAAUCACAGAAAAUUAGACGAGAGGAAAUGAAAGGAAAAACAGUUAUACAACAUCUGUGGCACGAACUAAGUGAGAGUGGAUACAGCAAAUGGCAUCGAACAAAUCCAGCUGGUGAUACAGUGCAAGACGUUAUGUUUGCGCACCCUGAUUCAAUAAAGCUUUUGCAGUUAUUUUCAUACGUCAUCCUGAUGGAUUGCACGUACAAGACUAACAGGUAAUAAUUAUUUAAAUGUGUAUUACAUUUAUUAUAUAUAUAUAUAUAUAUGUAAGAGUUGACUAAAUUAUAAUUACCUUCAUGUAGAUAUGAAAUGCCUCUUUUGGAGAUCAUUGGGGUUACUCCCGUGGGAAGGAACUUCACUAUUGCCGUUGCUUUUAUGUCACGUGAAGAUGGGGACACUUAUGCAUGGACAUUGCGAUGUUUGCGAGACAUAUUACCAAUCGGGAUAGAACCAGAAGUGAUACUGACAGAUCGUGAGCUGGGCCUACUGAAAUCAUUGCCAAACGUGUUUCCACAUUCGCAUCACAUGUUAUGUUUAUAUCACAUAAACAGAAACGUUGAGGCAAACGCGUCAAAAUUCUUGGGUAACACCAAGUUGGGUGUACUGUUCCGGAGGACGGUGUGGGCAAAGUUAGUCGAAUCUGAGACUGAGGAAGAAUACGAAUGCAACUAUAGAGAGAUAGUUAGUUUGUACGGGCAAUAUCCGAAGUUGAUAACUUACAUCAAUGAAACGUGGUUGAUUUAUAAGGAGAGAUUUGUUAAGUGUUGGACCAACAACAUCGUUCAUUUCGGUAACACGACGACUAACAGGUAUAUAAAUUGAUUUUACUAUAAACUCGUUACGUACAAUCUUUUAUACACAUGUUACAUUUAUUCAUUAUUUGAGUGUUUUCUCGAAACAGAGUAGAUAGUGCACAUCGUGCAUCGAAGCGUUGGAUCCAAACAUCGACUGGAGCUAUGGAUACAGUUCAAAAUGCACUAGAUGCGCAAGUUGACCUUCAAAUUAAUGAAUUGAAGGUGGAAAAUGAAAGCAGUAGAACAGUCAGGAUGUACAGUACUUCACUGUCGUGCUUCGGUGCUUUGGUAUGUAACGUAUCACACAAAGCACUGGACCUGUUGGAUAAAGA